GUUUGCCAAAGGUAUCACAUGAUUGUAAAUUGUCCGUUCUUAUCGUGACCCACUUUACCGUAUGACAGGACGGAGAACUCGGUAGUGUAUCGUGUUCAGGUGUAAGGGUUCUAUAGGUGUCACCUCAGUUCGCUCUGGUCCAGCAGCGGUGAAUUUCUCCACAGUCGACACAAACUGACUUUCAAGAUGACAACCACUCUGCGAUACGGCUUGCUUUUAGUGGAAGUCAUCUUUCUAGCUGGGAUUCAGAGCUCCUCAUCUUUGACAUCACCAAAUCCUAUCCCCGGCCUUAACGAAAACUGCACGACGGAGUGCAGUCCACCCGACAUGGUGCAGUGUGAGCACAACGUGUGUGUGUGUAAACCUCCACUGACGAGUACAGGCACCUUUUGUGUCACCGAACCAGGUAACAUUGGGGACUUCAACGCUACCGAUGUGACGAAUACCUCUGUGAGUCUGUCUUGGGAAGCGCCCACGACACCCGGUGUUAUACAGUAUUAUGAUAUAGUUUUCAAUGCAAAUGGAAUAUGUUCCCAAGAGGUUGUGUACAAGUGCACGGAGACUUCACGACAACCGCAAGGAUGCAGGGUCACGAUGCUGACUGCUCCCAACGAUUGCCAGAGCGACAUGUCUUACAACGUAUCGUCGUUAAGUCCAUAUACAAACUUCACCGUCAGCAUCAGUGCCAGGAAUGAUUUAUAUAGUGGACCAAAUUCAACGUUAUUCAUACAAACGGAAAUAUCAGCCCCUUUACAACCAAGAGGCGUCUAUGCAACCGUUCUGAACACCUCCACUAUCAAGGUGACCUGGGUACAGCCGACACAAGACAACGGCCCCACCUGGUACAACGUCACAGUGUUGGAGGCGACUGGGAGACGCUCGUCAAACUUCUCCAUCAAGACUAUAAUACUGGUCGAUGGGUUCAAUACAACGUCAUGUGAGGUGCCAGGUCUCCUAAGUUCGUGGGAGUACAAGUUCACGGUGACGGCUUACACUCCCGCAGGCUCUGCGCAUGCUCCAAACGCGUCAAGUGUCGUAAUGACAUCCCCAGCAGCGCCUGGCCCUGUUGAGAACCUGACAGCCACCACUGUACCCGAGCCCUACUUUGGCACGAUACUCACGUGGAAUUGUCCCGAGGAGAAACAGAGGAAUGGGCGUAUUCUGAAGUACACCGUACAUUACAAGGGUGAUGUAUCCCAGGAAGAGCAUUACGGGAGCUACAAGCCUGAGGAUCCCUGCACGGACACGAAGUCAAUGUUCGUGCCGAUGGCUCCCGUCAUUAACUACACGUUUACAGUUUUUGCAAAUGCGGAAUUUAAGGGUGAAAAGAAAUCAAUUAUUUCAAGAAUGGAUCCUGAGCGUAUGGUGUUCGUGUUGCCAGCAAGGGCCGAUAAAACAUCCGACUCCUCCAAAAGUCUGCUCAUCGUCUCAGCUGUCUGUGGUACCAUCAUUGUCAUCCUUCUUGCUGUGAUUGCAUUGCUGGUUGUAUACACGCGCAUCCUUCCGUCUAGGAGAAUACAGAAUGCUCAACAAAAAAAGUCUCUGGGAACAAGCAACAAAUCGUACCGCAGUUUUAAGACUGAGCAGAAUGUGGAGAAGCCUUACAUCAGAUGAUGAGGACAGCGGAAAGAAAACCGGAAAGAGGACACUUCAAGACGUUCAGUCAAAACUCAUGGCUUUUAUCAUGUGCCUGUUUACAUUUAUCUAAAUAGUUCUUUAAGUUUCCUAUGUCUACCAGAAUUGUGUCAACAUUCUUCAGGAAGAUGCAGUUACAUCUUGCAGUUCCCUCAGAGUUGACCAGGUGAGGGUAUUCGUGGAACACUAUGAGAUGAACUGAUCCUAUUUCUUUGAAAUUUAAGAGUCUAAGUGUCUCUGUUGUCUUUGUUUUGUUUUGUGUGAUACAAAGAAGCAUUGAUCAAGAGCCAAUGAUACAGAGAGACCCAAAUGCCUCGAAUGAUCACACAAAGGAGAUGUUAGUCUCAUAAUAUCUGAAUUUUGUUGUUGUUGAUUUUCAGGUUAUUGUUUGCUUUAUUAUGCACGGUUGACUGUAUCAACUAUUGCCAAGGACAAUUAUCUUGUGUGCAUGUCCUUCAAUUUCUUCUUGUAUGCUUUGUAUAACAGAUGGAAAUGAAAUACUCCAGCAUCGUAAAAGAAAUGAUUUGAUUCGUCAAAAGUGUUACCAAAGAAAUAAAUUAAAAUGCUUAAAAAACA